AUGACUCACCAGUUUGGCUGGCACCAGGAAGUGUCUGUGAAGCUCAUCUCUCCUGCUGUGGACUCAUCAAUCCGUGGAGCAAUGGCUGCUAGAAAAGAGAUAUUUUUAGAGGAUUCCCAAUUGGAUUCGUCUCUGCUAGAUGUAUCCAUGUCUUCUCUACAGAUAUCCGAGUUAGAAGAAAGUAUGGAUGAUUUGGAGACUAGUUUUGUUAAUCGUCAGAAAGCGGAUGAUGAGGAACUGCAAGAAUUACUGAGCAGAAUGAAAAAAAAAACAAAGGCUUUACAUCCAGGACCAGAUUAUUGCUUUCAAAAUGACCCUAUAUGGGCUCCAGGUGAAGAACGUCCAGGACCUGAACCAGACCCAGAAAAACGGCUGAAUAAUGUGACGUGGUGUAAAUGUCAUAAUUGUACAGCCAUGAAAUCGGUGACAGAAUCAAUUUGUUGUUUGGAGUUGGAGGUUUUGGAGCAUUUCCUGCCUGAAAGCGUCACAUGUGUUACCCAAAACACAGAAUUUAGUUUGCGAUGUCUCGAUCAAGAAACUUUGGUGACAGCAAUGAUUACGCAAACAAUCAAUUAUGGAAGAAGUAUUGAUUAUAGAAAACCAAAGUAUGUUCAGUUAUAA